CAAGAUACUUUAGGUUUUUUUCUCAUUUUAUUCGGGGAAACAGAACCCCCGAAUUUUUAUCUCACUCCGCUUACGGCUGGUCAGAUCGAUCACCUGAGCACAAAGUCUCAGCCGGUCUUAACCGGGCUCGAUCCUUCCACCGUAGCACCCGAAGGCUUUGAGUGGUACCGCUAG